GAGCGGGAUCUAAAAUGCAUUAUCAAAAUUCUUGUAGAUGUUUCAGAUAUGCCUUGGAAUUAAAAGCUAAGACAAUAGUUGAUAUCUAGUUGAACUUUUCAUGCUUACACUUUAAUGUGACACUGCGGCCAUUGAGUUCUUAACUCGUGUAUCUGAGAUGAAUUUUGAAAAUCUCGAAAUUCCAGAGCUGUAGAAUUAGUUCUGGCUUCCGUAUCUUCUUACUGACGAUAUGAUUUCGGUUCUCAUUGUAUCCAAAUUCAAAGGUACGAAUAGUAUGCCGUAGUAGUUCUUUGUGAGCCAAUAAGGUAGUGAGUUUUGCAAACACGUGUAGGCACGUGUAAGACAGCGUCGUUUCUCUGAAGAAAGACACCGGUUGUUACCUUUUUUUUAUUAACCUUCUCCAAAAUGCUUCAAGAAGAAUAUAAGCCAAUUACUAAGCCACAGCAGGUGGAUCCUAAUUUAAAUGCAGAGUUUUAUAGGAAUAUUGCAGAAAGUGAGCUGUCUCCUGUAAUUGAUCCACAACUAGAAUUCAUUGCUGUCUAUAAUGAUGAAACUGCAAUAGUAGGUGCUACUUGUAUGACUAGUCGUUUCUGGCGUGGUAAUUUGUGGUAUUAUGAAGAUAUAUCAAAUCUUAAUAGAGCCAAAGCGACAACUACUUCUGGAGGAGAAAGUGGAAUUACCACUGGUGCUUUUUUGGGAGAACGUGAUAAAUUUGUAGUUGGUGAAGACAGUGGAGUUAUUAAAGUUCUUAAAGUAGAUGUUGCAGAGGAUGAAUCAAAGAGAGGUAUUUACUAUUUGGGAUAUGCUUGUCAACACGAUGAUUCAAUUACAUCCUUGUCGAUAUUGAAGAACAGUAAACAGAUCGUGACAGCUGGCUUGGAUUAUUGUUAUUUUUUCAGCAUUAAAGUAUGGGAUGUGGAGGUAUUGUUAGCAGUACACUCUUACAAUCCUGCUCACGUAGAUAUAGUCACCAGCGUAGAUGCACAUCCUACGAAUGAUUCUAUGUUUGCAUCAACAUCACUCGAUCAGGACAUAUUAGUGUGGGAUAUACGACAAGCAAAACCUGCAAAAAGGAUAUUAAGAAAGACAGAUUGUGGUGGAACAUUUGUAGCAUGGAAUCCAUUGGAUGAGAGUAUUCUUACUAUCGGAGCUCAGGAUGGAAGUAUUUCUAUAGUUGAUGUGCGAAGUCAGAAUGACUCUCCACUGUGCGAAUCUGUAGUAUUUUCUAGAGAAAUACGUUCACUUUGUUUCCAUCCAAAGAGAACAAAUCUACUGGCUGCUUGUUCCAAUGACAGUGGUGUUAAAGUAUUUAAUACAAGCAAUGAGAUUUCUUUGAUAUACGAAGAUAAUACCCACAAAGACUUUGUACGUGGUUUAGCGUGGAUUAAGGAUGAAUUGAUAUCGUGUUCCUGGGAUGAUACUAUCCAAAGGCACGCAAUACCCUUUUAAUAUAACGAUUAUCAAUAUUCCAACAAGUUUUUCCUGCACUAUAUCUAUAAGACUUGUGAUCUGUCUCCGUCGUCUUAAUCUCUUUAUGAAAUUGGAAAAACAAUAUUUUCUUAAUAUUAAACUUAAAUGUUACUAUAAUAUUUUAUAUCAUCUAUAGCUUGACAGAUAGAAGUGUUUGUUGUAUUUUACGAAUCAUUUGCUGAUUGUGACAUGGAAACAUUAUAAAAAGAAUGAUGAAGUUUUCGGUAUAUUCCUAAUUCCAUUAGAACUCAACUGUCAGUACGCUUAAGUAAAUAAAUAUUUUUGGUAUUUA